AUGUUGGUCUCCUUGACAGUAGGCAAGGUAGACGCAGGAGUUGCUGUACUCUUGACGCAGGACAACCGACUGAUCGAAUUCCCCUCCGUCCUUCUCCCGAACAACAUCACAUCCGGCAGCAUUGUCGAUAUCACAGUAUCGCGCAACCACGCCGCCGAAGCUGCGAGCACUUCAGCCUUCCAGGCGCUACAGAAGCGGAUCCUCAACACCUACGGCGUCAAGACCCCCGCCCCGCCUGUCCUCCGGCUCCGUAACGCAACACAAACGUCCCUAGUCCUAGAAUGGGAUCCAAUCAACCUGGCCACCGCGUCGCUCAAGUCGCUUUCUCUCUACCGUAAUGGCUCGAAAGCUGGCUCGAUACCCAGGCCACUCGAGACGCGAAGCACCAAGAUCAGCGGUCUGGCGAUCGACACGGAAUAUUCCUUCCACCUCGUCCUGCGCACAACGGCCGGGACAUACCAAUCGGAGAAGCUGACUUGUCGGACGCACAAGAUGACCGAUCUAUCCGGUAUCACGGUUACACCUGGCAUCCUCCCAGAACAGCAGAAGGAGGCGCUCGCCGCGGCAUUGGAACGUAUCGGCGGCAAGCUGAUCGACACAGUGCGCAUCGACACCACACACUUUGUAUGUACAGAAGGCAGAGGCCCGCUGUGGGAGAAAGCGGUGGAAAUGAACAUUCCCGUCGUGGUUCCGGAGUGGGUGGAUGCUUGUGAGGCAGAGGGCACCAUUGUCGGGGUCCGGGGCUACUACCUGAACGCAGACCCCAAGGCCAGACAGCUCGGCCCCAUUCACGCCUCAACACAUCAACAUACCAGAUCCUCCGUGUCAAUGGCCACAAAUGCGCCGUCUCAGUCUCAGUCUCAAUCUCAGUCUCAGUCUCAGCCCCAGUCCCAGUCUCAGAGUAGACUGAGCCUGCAGCCUCAACCUGUGCACCAGAGGGAAUUGAGCGUCGGGGAGCCGCCUGUGACUCCCUUCCCCGGCGCGGAUAUGAGUGGCCAGCCUCGAUCGGAUGAGAGAGAGGUCUCGUCAGAUGAAGAGGACUCGCCGCCUCCCCCUCCUCCGAAGGAUGAUGCUGCAGGGACUAAACCAACAGUGAACGGCAAACGCGAGUCGACAAGCCCGGCGGAAAUUGCCUCUCCUACAGAAAAGGAGGAACAGAGUCACGAGGACGACGAAAAGGAUGAAGAUGAAAUCGCACACGAACAGGCAGAAGAAGAGCGGGAACAGGAAGAACCAACGACAAACGACAGUGACGCCAAGGGUAAGGGCAAGGAAGGCGAGGGCGACUUUAGCGAGAUUUCUCUGUGA